GAAAUCCACCGAGGUGCCUGUCCCUCUACAUUCAUCUAUCCUCUGUGGCCACCGGAUUGUCAUCUUCAACCACAAGCAGGCAAAAGUGUGUUGUCAUCGACGAGAAAAUUAAUAAAUUCCAUUGUUACUAGAAUUAAUAAUAAUUUGAUAGCGUCAUGUCGAUGUUGAGUGCGUAUCCUGGAGGUUCUCUCCCAGAUUAUCAGGCUCCUGGAGCCAAGAAGGUGCAUUUCAGCCCUUAUGCUGACAAUGGAGGGAGUGUCGUUGCCAUUGCAGGCGAGGACUUUGCGAUAAUCGCAGCUGAAACUCGGUUGAGUGCUGGGUAUUCCAUUUAUAGCAGAAAUCAGGAGAAGCUCUUCAAAUUGUCGGAUAAAACUGUUCUGGGAUGCUCUGGGUGCUGGUGUGAGAUUCUGACGUUGACGAGAAUUCUCGCCGCUCGUAUGCAGAUGUAUAACCAUGAGCACAACAAGGACAUGUCCACUCCAGCAACAGCCCAGAUGCUCUCCACAAUGCUCUACUACAAGCGUUUCUUCCCCUAUUAUGUGAGUAACAUGUUAGCAGGGCUGGAUGAGAACGGAAAGGGCUGUAUCUACAGCUAUGAUCCCAUUGGUCACGUCGAGAGGAGCAUGUACAGAGCUAGUGGCUCCUCUGGAGCUCUCCUCCAGCCGCUUCUGGACAAUCUCGUGGGCCUCAAGAAUCAGGAGAAUCCUGAUAAGGAGCCCAUCACCAAGGAAAAAGCCCUCAACAUCGUCAAGGACAUGUUCAUCUCAGCUACUGAGAGAGAUAUUUACACCGGUGACAGCGUCAGCAUCAGGAUCAUCACUAAGGAUGGCAUUGAGCACGAGAGCUUUGAGUUGCGAAAGGAUUAAGUCUUUCAUUUGGAAUUUUUACGAAUAUCUAUUAAACUAAUCGAAAUAAAUUUUCUUUGUGAAAAAAAA